GUGAAAAUGGGUCUGAAGCAAACAGAACAAGCAAUUCAGAAAUGGGUUUCAUCACAAACCAACAAAAAGUGGAAAGUGGAGAAGAAGUGGAAAGGACAACAAUGGAGACGAUAAGCAUUACUCACCAACACCACUUUCAGACCAACACCUCUUCUUCUAAUAUCUAAGUGCCAAACUUGGUUUGAUGAAUACGCCAUUAUCGUUCCUUACAACAUGGGUUUCUCUCUUUAUUCUUCUUGCCUUCCCAGUUUCCCUCUCUCAAUUAAGAUUACGAAGCCCUGUUGUGAUGUCAGACUUGGCCAAAGAUCUUCUAUCUCUACAAGAAGUUAUAGGCCUGAUCUUUUAGGCCUAUCAGUUCAUGACUUGACUGCAGAUGUGUCAAGAAACUGGAGUUUCAUUACAGGAUCAAGAAUUGCUAUUAAACCAAAACUUGCAAGAGUGGAUUUGUCCAAGAAAGUUCAUGGAGGAGUACAUGCCUCAUGGUUGGCUAACGCUCAGGUUGCUAGCAAUGCUUUUACUUUAGGUACAAUAGCUGUUCUACCCUUUUAUGGCCUCAUGGUUCUGGCUCCUAAAUCAGAAUUGACUAGGAGAUCUAUGCAAAGUAACAUACCAUAUGUGGUGCUUGGGCUUCUAUAUGCAUAUCUUCUGUACCUUUCUUGGACACCAGAAACUGUGCAGCUUAUUUUUGCAAGCAAAUAUUGGCUGCCAGAGCUGUCUGGUAUUUUGAAGAUGUUCUCUAGCGAAAUGACAUUAGCUUCUGCUUGGAUUCACCUGCUGGUUGUUGAUCUCUUUGCUGCAAGGCAGGUUUUCCACGACGGAGUUGAAAAUCAAAUAGAAACUCGACAUUCUGUGUCUCUUUGCCUCUUCUUUUGCCCCAUAGGAGUCCUCAUUCAUGUUAUCACCAAAGCAUUAACACAUAGAGAUGGUCCUGCAAAACAUGGUACGUGACAAGGCAGAAUACAUCUCAACCGAUGCUUCGCCCAUCUCUUCAGGAUUUGUUAUUCUAAGUUCUUAUUAGCAAAUGUCAUCAGAACUUGAAAGCUAUGCAAAGUUUUAGCACCUAGUAAACUCCAUUGUUUCGCUCUCUGAGAGUA